AAAUGGCCGGCCUCUAAGUAUCACCUCACCUAUGCCUUUCUUCAAGGCACCCCAGCUGAGGCCACGGGACCAGUUGCACGUGCUUUUCAGACAUGGGCCGCCAACACACACUUCACCUUCAGCCAGAGCAAUCAGAACCCCGAUCUGACAGUGAGUUUUCACAGGGGUAAUCAUGGAGACGGAUCUCCCUUUGACGGGCCAGGAGGGACCAUAGCCCAUGCAUUUGCUCCAACAAACGGGAGAUUUCACUACGACGCUGAUGAGCGGUUUUCUGUGGGCGCCGUGAGUGGUGCUUAUGACUUGGAGACUGUGGCUUUGCAUGAAAUAGGGCACCUUCUUGGGCUUGGGCACAGCUCUGUUCUGGGAGCUAUUAUGUACCCGACUAUAAGCCCUGGA